GGGGGGAUGCAGGUGGGCAAAGAUCAAGAAACAGCUGAAAAACAAGUGCAGCUUGGUGAAGCCACAAACAGGCAAACCAGGUGUGUUUCGACGAAGGCCAGCACCAGGAUCCUAGAGUCUCCAAAUACCGGCAGCCGGCUCACAUCUYGACCCCCGCUCCGGCCCAUCUGCCACUGGCCGCUAACAGCCUCGUCUCAGGACAGCUGGAUCGUUUCUCAGUCUUAAUUUGAUGGAGUGGCUGCAAGAGAGCCGCUCGCAUCAGAGGAGGCUGGGAGAUGGAGACAAGGGUCACCCUGCAGGAUGUGUGAAGUACGGGAGUGGACAAACGUGUCACUCCAACACGGAGUAAAUCUGCAUCUUCACGAUCUGGGCAGUGAUGAGCGAGGGACGGGAGGGAGGAGCUGAAACUUGAGGAUUUGUUCUGUGCUGGAUUAAGUUUGGAGGUUUUUUUUUUUAAGUCUCAACUCUGAUGACAAGAAAGGAAUUAGGUUUUUCCAAGAGGUGAGCAGCUGGAAAGGACAUUAAAAAAAGAUGCAGUUUUAUGCAAAAAUGCACUAAGUUUUGUUCCUCUAAAGAAUCCGGGACAUCUGACCUGAAAGCUCUGCUCUGAAGCAGCCGACUCGACUCYCAGCUGGAAUCAUCAACCAGGAAAAGCACAGUUUUUUUAUUCGCCUUGUUCCUCCUUUGGCACCUGCUCACCUCCAUCACUUCCAUCCUCCUCUUCCUCCCUCUGUAGCAGCGAGUGAUAAUGUGACCUUCUGCCAAAGUGCUGGAAAACAUGCCACCGUCGCAGCGGGCGCCACUGUUGCUGCUACGGAAAUAGACUCAAACAAGUGCGGGGAGAGGAAGAGGAACGGGGAAAGGAGAGGAAGAAACGAGGGGCCAAAGGGGAGGAAAGAAUAAAGGAGAAGAGGGGGAAGACAAAUUGGGUGAAAAGGAGAGCGGAAGGCGCAGAAACGGGAUGAGCAGUGAAGAGCCGGGGCUGAGUGUGGAUUGCCAUCACAGGCAGUAGGUGAGUGAGAUGGGUGUUGGUCGAGGCUCCUGGAGCGACUCCCCGUGGUGGCUGCCGCUGCUGCUGCUCUGCYCCGUCGCCCUCUGCUCAGGCCGGCCCUUCGGCUUUCCUUCGCCCUCCGUGAACGUGGCGGUGGUGUUCAGCGGCCCCGCGUACCAGACGGAAAUCAAGGGUCGUCUGAGCCGAGAGAACUUCAUGGACCUGCCUCUGGAAGUGAACCCCAUCACGGUUCUGGUCAACAACACAAACCCGCGGGCUCUGCUCACCCGCAUCUGCGACACCCUCUCCACCAACCGUGUCCAUGGUGUGGUGUUCGAGGACAGCAUUGGUUCUGAGGCUGUGGCGCAGAUCCUGGACUUCAUUUCCACCCAGACGGCCGUUCCUAUCGUGGGCAUCAGCGGAGGGUCUGCUGUGGUCCUGCCUUACAAGGGUGAGGGCUCCAACUUCCUGCAGCUGGGAUCCUCCAUCGAGCAGCAGAUCAACGGCAUGUUUAAGGUGAUGGAGGAGUACAACUGGGACAGUUUUGUGGUCAUAACCAGCCUGUAUCCAGGUUAUGAAACGUAUGUGGAUUACAUCAAGUCCUUCACGGACACCAGCUACUUCAUGUGGGACCUCCAGGAUGUUUUGUCCUUCGACAUGUCCGCCGACAACUUGAACGAUAUACGAGCGCGGAGACUGCUGCAACAGAUAGACGCCCAGGUGCUGCUGGUCUACUGCUCCCACGAAGAGGCCCAGUACCUCUUCACCUUGGCGGCCGAGGCCGGACUCGUGGGGCCGGGUUACAUCUGGAUUAUCCCCAGCAUGGCCGUGGGAAACCCGGACAUCCCUCCACCGGACAGCUUUCCUGUGGGGCUCAUCAGCAUCAUUACGGAUCGCUGGAGGAUGAGCCUGAGGAAAAGGGUGCGGGAUGGAGUGGCCAUCGUGGUCAAAGGCGUCCAAGGAUUUCGAAAACAAAGAGGUUUCAUUCCCGAGGGUCACAGUGACUGUCACAACCCUGUCAAAUCACCAGCAGCUAACGACACCCUGUUCAGACACAUGCUGAAUGUAACCUGGGAGCACAAUGACUUCUCCUUUAACAGUAAUGGCUACCUGGUGAAUCCAGCCAUGAUCAUCAUCACUCUGGACAGAGAGAGACAGUGGGACAAGGUUGGGACCUAUGAGAUGGGGAUUCUGCAGAUGAGAUACCCCGUUUGGCCGCGGUUUGGUUCCUACCUGCAGCCAGUGUCCGAUUACAGACACCUGACGGUGGCCACCCUGGAGGAGCGGCCUUUUGUUAUUGUGGAGUCAGUCGACCCUGUGACCGGUACCUGCGUUAGCAACACCGUGCCCUGCCGACGACAGUCCAACAAGACGGAGAUCAUUGUGGGUCACACAGAGCCAUACACCAAACUGUGCUGUAAAGGCUUCUGCAUCGACAUCCUGAAGAAACUUUCCCGCAACAUAAAGUUCUCCUACGACCUGUACCUGGUCACCAAUGGCAAACACGGCAAGUUGGUCCGGGGAAUUUGGAACGGGAUGAUCGGAGAGGUGUUCUACAAGCGGGCAGACAUGGCCAUUGGCUCGCUGACCAUAAAUGAAGAGCGGUCGGAAAUUAUUGACUUCUCAGUGCCGUUUGUGGAGACGGGAAUCAGUGUGAUGGUGGCUCGAAGUAACGGGACUGUAUCUCCAUCUGCCUUCUUAGAACCGUACAGUCCAGCAGUCUGGGUGAUGAUGUUCGUCAUGUGUCUGACAGUUGUGGCCAUUACAGUCUUUGUCUUUGAAUACUGCAGUCCAGUUGGGUAUAACCGCAGCCUGGUCAGUGCCAAAGAUCCUGGGGGUCCCACCUUCACCAUUGGAAAAUCCGUCUGGCUGCUGUGGGGCAUCGUUUUCAACAACUCUGUUCCUAUUGAGAACCCAAAAGGCACCACGAGUAAGAUCAUGGUCCUGGUCUGGGCUUUCUUUGCCGUCAUUUUCUUGGCUUCCUACACGGCCAACCUGGCCGCCUUCAUGAUCCAGGAGCAGUACAUCGACACCGUCUCUGGACUGAGUGACAAAAAGUUUCAAAAGCCACAUGAGCAGUAUCCACCAUUUCGCUUUGGUACGGUCCCAAAUGGAAGCACAGAGCGCAACAUUAGAAGUAAUUACCCUGAGAUGCACUCCCACAUGGUCAAAUACAACCAGAAGGGGGUCGAGGACGCCCUCAACAGCCUUAAAACUGGGAAACUGGAUGCCUUUAUCUACGACGCUGCAGUGCUGAAUUACAUGGCAGGCAAAGACGAGGGGUGCAAACUGGUGACCAUCGGCAGUGGAAAAGUCUUUGCUACCACCGGUUACGGCAUUGCCCUGCAGAAGGACUCACGCUGGAAACGACCCAUCGACCUGGCGCUGCUGCAGUUCCUGGCUGAUGGCGACACACAGAAGCUGCAGACCGUCUGGCUCACAGGUAUCUGCCGAAACGAGAAGAAAGAGGUGAUGAGCAGCAAGCUGGACAUCGACAACAUGGCGGGAGUUUUCUACAUGCUGCUGGUCGCAAUGGGCCUGAGCCUGCUGGUGUUCGCCUGGGAGCAUCUGCUCUACUGGAAACUCCGACACUCGGUUCGCAAAUCAAACCGACUGGACUUCCUCCUGGCCAUCAGCAGAGGUAUCUACAGCUGCUUCAAUGGAGUCGAGCAAACUGACCGCAACGGGAGCAUGCAGAGUCCAGACGUCACCUCCAACUACACACAAGCCAACAUGCUUAAGAUGCUGAGGACAGCCAAGGACAUGGUGUCCUCCGCCAGAGUGGAGAACUCUCUCGACAGCGCCACCAAAACAAUAGAGAACUGGAGCCGACGGGGAGCGGACAGCGCGCGAGCUGGACUGCCUCCUAGAGUUACCACCACAGACAUGACCCAUGGCCGCCUGCCUUAUAUCUCCAGCAUUACAGACAACCACUCACCAUACCCUCACGGGGCCGUUACGCCAACCUUCCCAGUGCAUUACGGGGACACUUCCACCCAACCCCUUUUGGAGAAGCCCAGGGUGGGAACCCGGCCUUCGCCUCUCCGCUACACGCUGCCCACCCGCAGCAGUCAGCACCUGUUAGAAAGGACUCUGCCCAUCUCCAGCCUCAGCUCUCCACACAUCGCCAUCAGGGAUCCUGCUCCUCCUGGACCGUCGAAUCCCCACCACAGCAGCAGGCUGUAUGUGGAGAACCAGGCCCGGCACCCAGCAUCUCCCUUUGCUCCUUACAGAGAGUUCCAGGUCCCCGACAUUUACAUGGAGCACAAAGGACCCCUGAGGAGGAAGUUCAGUUACCCCCCUGACUGUAUAAGCAGGAAGAGAAAGUCUUUCACCUACAUGUUGGACGCCGCAGAACCUAGACUUAGGGGUGACUACGAUGAACCGCGGUCCUGCUUCGCUGAGUUGAGAGCUAAUCAUCUUUUAAACAAUCACACCUCUGAUGCUGCUGCCAUGGCUUGCACCGGCGGACACUACCCCGGCGCCAGCGCCGGCUGCAACUCCUGCAUGAAGUCUUACCUGGAGCCRGACAUGGACGACAUACCCCUCUUGGGAAAGGACAAACUAAAUCGGCGUGCCUCGUUCCUCAAAGCRACGUGGGGCAACGACAGAAUCCAUCAGGUGGAUGAAACAAAGCCUUCUACAUCCACGUCUCCCUCCACCCGAGCGGAUAUGCCUGAUUUGUUUCCGCGGGUGGUGUGUCCUAAUCCAAAGCCUCAUAAGCUUUAUGGCAGUUUAGGACACAAUCUGUCCUGCUACCCCAUGGCUGCUGAGCCAGCCUACCUGGACCCUGCUCACAUGUGUUCCUACCCCUACAAGCAGAAGCUGAAGUACUCCGACAACACCCGACUGCCCUCUUACAGGGAAGCCAUCCUGCAGAACGCUGCUGCCCUGCGCCGCUCCUCCUCCUCCACGGUGGUGCACAGACAUUACUCCACCUACCUGAACUCCUACACGGACUUACCGGUGUARGUGAGCCCACUGGCACAGGGACCGUCACAGUUCUACAACAGUCCAAAGAACACGUGUCACUUGAUUCCCUGCACCAGCCACUGUCCAGAAAAAGCAGCGAUGAUGGCUCGUGUGAGCGACAGACAUAUGGUGUACCACAACAAUAUGUUUGGGGCCUAUGAUAGCACGGGAAAGAGGGCGGACCCAGGCUCCGGGGGCAGAGAGCGGAGGCAGGUGUUGGUGGCGCGAGGAGUCAACAGUCCCUAUGUGCCAAAGCCCUGGGGUAGGGUAUCUAGCCUGGAGUCUGAGGUCUGAAUCCUUACCGGUCCUCCAUUUGGCCUGACCGGGUCCCUCCUGGGGAGAGGACUUUCAGGAGGUCYUUCCCUCAGCCUCUGGUCAAAGCAAAAAUUUAAUUUUACACCAACAGUGUAUUUGAGAGUGUUUUCUCUCCACUAUCAGUGCAAUAAUAUCUUGAGCAGCAAAAUGUAAAAGGAGAUGAAACUAAAAAGCAAAUCAUUGCUGAGACAUUUUCGGCCAAAUGUAUAAAUCUACUUAAAGAAUUUGAAAUGUUACAAAGUAUUUACUACGUGAAGAUUUAACCAGUUCAUUGUUAAAGAAUAUUUUUAUGAUGUGUCACCAUGUGAAAUUCUUUUGGGAGACAAUAUACUGUAGCCUCUCCACACGAUUACAAAUUAAAAGACAUUUCUCUUUUUUCCCCAGAGAAUCAUUUAAUUACCCAUCAUGUCAACUGACUAAUAAAAUUUAAAACCUUUAUUUUGUGAUUUAAGCACUGAGAUGUCUUCCGUAAACUUUUUAAGUCCACAACCUUGGGUGCACCGAGACUUUCUGGUCAUUAUUGUAAUGCUACUGCACUUCUAAAGCUAAGCUAGUAAAAAAAAUUAAAAAGUAUGAAGUAUUCUGUGUAUCUGCAUUGUUAAUAUACCCUUUAAUAAAGAACAAGGCCAUCUGAGGAGCCUUUUGAUUUAG